UUUUUAACUUAAUCGAUACGCGUCAUUUUCUAUCGUAACAGGUUACAAAACAUCUUUGUAAAUAAUUAAACACUAAAUAGAUUAGUGAAGUGGUUAAAGUGAUAAUUGGAUCGAGUAUAUAAGUGAUAGGAUUGAAAAAUAAUUUCUAUUUCCGCUGACGACGCCAAAUCUAGGUUAGAAUCAGACCUUUAAAUAAUUACCAGCAAUGAACAUUAUCAAUUUUAUCAUCAUCAAGGUAAUAAUUUGAGAAAAACAGGGAAAUAUGGCUGAAGAUGGUCGAUCAUUGUCUUCUUCAUUUGGUAUGUCUUUACCUCAAUGGAUGAAGAAUAAAAUCAAUAACAAUGAUAGAACAUUAUUAGAUCAAAAUACAUUCAGUCCACCUCAAACCGACGAUAAUUUCUUAUAUAUGUCCCGUUUUAAGCGAAACCAACAACAACAAGAACAAAAACAAGAUCAAAUAUCAAAAUUAUCCUCAAAUAUUUUACCUCAUUUCGAUACAAAACUAAUUGAAUCAGCAAAUAAAAACGACGAAUGCGGUUUAUCCGUGAUAAAAGUUGCUCACCAAAUGGUAAAUUCCUCAAAAUUAACUUCAAAAUCUGCCGCAACAACUUCAACAACAAUCGUAGAAAACGUUUUAGAAAAUUCUGAUGACCAACCAGCUACGGAACCAUUAAAUUUUAAUCGAUCAUUGCGCCGCGGAAGUAAAUCCUUACCAUCGUCGCCACUUUCAUCGCCGAAAAGUCAAAGAAAAUCGAAAAAUCGAUAUUUUGGAACGUCUACAGGAAUGGAAAGCGGUUGGAUUUUGGGAGGAUUACUUAAAAAGGGAGCUUUAUCGCAAUCAGUUAGCGUUAUAAAUGAGGAAGAUGGAGGUGAAACCAGCGAUUUAAAACAUCAAACGUUAUCAGGCAAAAUGAAGAGUGCUUCCCAAUUAAGCAUUGAUGCGGAUUUUGAGAGUAAAUUAAUCGAAAGACGGAAAAUAUUGAGAGAAAUGAAUUUUUAUUCACCUACGUCAACAUAAAAUUAAUCUUAAUAAAUAAAACUGAGUUCAAAAUAAGAAUGGAUAGAUAUUAAUUUAAAAUAAUGUGAUAAGUUAUUAAAUUUAAUGGAUUAUUCUUAAGAAUUAACAAUAAAAAUAAAGAAAAUUGAGUUGUUUUCAUUUCAAUAAAAUAAUAAUAUAGGGUGGUAACUGUAUUUACUUCAACGUUAAGUUGGUUGUAUAACUCAAUAUUUGUAAAACAUUUUUAUUGCACAAAAUAUACCAAAAUUGUGCUACAUACAAUAAAUUAAUCACUAUUUAAAUUAAUUUAAGAUUUACAAUA